AACAUCACAAUGGAAGCUAAGGAAUCUUCCCUAAUGGAAAUGCUAGUUCCAAAAAAGAACUUUGAAAUCUUCACCUGUGGAUACAGUGAGAGCACGUGUGAAGAAAGGGAGUCCUAUGAUGUCAGUCUUUCGUUGGGUGGGUUUGAGACUAAGUGGAACAUGCAUGAAGGCGAUGAUUAUGAAAAGGUUAUGAAGUAUGUCAAAUUGUUCAAAAGCUGCCCAGAAUAUAUAACAUAUUCCCUGAUCCCCGCGGCAGAAGUCAGAGGGCCGAUUGAUGUGUUUGUUUGCAAGAUACAUGUAAAACAGAAAGGAGAAGAGGACUGGGAGGAGGAUAUUAAAGUGAUGGCAUCCACUGAGUUUGACAUCCGCUGGAGGUUACCAGAUCAACUUCAACAGGUAUCCGGCUCUGACCAGCCACAAAAGCAGCAAGUUGAUGCCAAGUACCAAACAAAUGCCAGUUCCAUUCCUGUCUCCCCGCCAUUACCCCCACAACAUAACCCUAUGUCUGCUGAGGGUGGAGACCAAGGUACUUCUGAUGCUACUGGCCCUCACACCGUUAGAACAAUGGAAGACCAAGGUCUAAACCAGACUCAUGUGGACAAUCAGUUCAAAAGCCUGUCUAUGGCCUUAACCCAAGGGGUUGCUGGGGCUCUAGGACAGACCCUUCCCAAUACAGGCAACACACAUAUAACUUUCAAUGUUCAGCAGGUUAUCAAUUAUAACCCAGAGAAGGAAUCCAUGGGGCAGAUGGAAGAUGUGACAACAUUAUUUCAUAAACAUAUUCCUCCACAUGUGAGAAAACGACUGAAUGAGACACUUUCUCAAGAUGAUGUAUGGAACCAAGUGAAGAAAAUGCAUGGAAUUUCAGAUGAAACACCACGCCCUCACGAUAUUGUAUCUUCUUUGUUGUCUCAAGUUGAGGGUUCUAUUGCAUCUUUCAUCAGUGUGUUGUCAAAGUUAAAGGGAUGCCACACAGAAGGAGAACUAGACAUUCCACAAGAUUUGAUUGAUGAAGUCAAGAGUGGACUUAAGAGUGAAAUGGAGUAUAAGAAACUUAGACAGAAUGGAAUUCGCUUUGCUGAAGAAAUUCAUAUUGACAUUGGAAGAAUUUUGAAUUUCUUUUAUCAAUAUGAUAUGAUACCCGAUGAGGAGAUUACAGUGCUUAGAAAUAGUGCCAGGGAAAAUCCACAUGAUGCCUGUAGAAAGUUGUUUGAAAGACUAAUUGCAAGCAGUCCUGAAAAACGACCCAUCGAAUGCUUGAAAGAUGCCCUUAGACAAUACCAACAUUCCCAUCUGGCAGAUGAACUAGAAGUUAGCAGCCAGGAUGUAGAGGAUGAAUUACAGAAACAGGAAAUUGGAAGUGAUCGGCCUUUUUGUGAAGAGCCGUUGGCGUUAGGAAUUUAAGCUCCACCCAUACCCUAUUAGAGCACAUUAAAACUACUUGUGUACAGUGUUUGACAGUAUGUGUUAAGAUUUUUUAUCCUGUUUGGGUCACCGUGGACAAGGAACCUAUGGUGUAUAUCCACCAUAUUACUUGCAUGCUUUAGAUAUUGUCAUCAGAUAAAUAAAGUGACCGCUGUUUUUAGUGAUUUUGAGCAAACUUGCUGAAAAUCUACAAUGGGACAUUCCAUGAUGCAAUAUAGAUAUUCCCCACAUUUCAUACUAAGAGCAUUAUUUGUGUUGUGAUACUCAUCUGUUCUUAAACAAUUUAAUGACACGUUUAGAUGUGUCCUCAGAGAAGUAUCUGCUGCUGUUUACCAUCAUCAGAGCCAGUGUAAACAUUCCAGUACUUGUAAAUAUUUAGCUGACAAUAAUGACAUAUAUUAAUCAAGACAAUCUAGUAGUUGUAAAGUUCUUGUAUAUAUUUAGCUGACAAUAAUAUCAUACAUUAAUUAAGACAGUCUAGUAGUUGUAAAGUACUUGUAUAUAUUUAGCUGAAAAUAAUGAUAUAUAUUAACCAAGACAAUCUAGAAGUUGUAAAGUACUUUCAAAUAUUUAGCUGAAAAUAAUGUCAUAUACUUAAUUAAGAC